UCCCUUUUUCUUCCAGGGUCACACGUAUCCGUGCCCGCCCGAUAUUCGGGCAGCUGCCAACCGUGCCGCUCGCGCAACUCGCAAGUCGGUGUUGUUACUUGUUAACAAAAUGGUGGAUCGAUUUGUGUCGUUUUUUUAAGGUGUUGAUGAAUUUUACCGUAGCGAAACGGCCGAUGAAAUUGACUAAAACGGUUUCCCAACUUAAAAGAAGACUAUUAGAUGCGCCGGCUGUGUGCGGUAUUUAUCCGGAACAUUUCAAUUAUUCUUGUUGAUUGGACUUUUAUGCGUACAUCAUUUCCAUGAAAUCUCUUAUGGUGUACUGGGCUAAGAAAGAUGACUGUUUUAUCAUCAGCAGAGGCAGCUGAACAGCCACCACGGAAGAAGUUGUGUUUAUCAGCAUCCAGGCAAUUACAAUCUAAAUCCUAUGCUUGCUCUCAAUUCAACCCAAUGGCAUCACCGCUUGAUCAGCCUGUUAUCCGGCAUAUCAAGCAGCAGCAGCAACAACAACAACUGCAACAACAGAUAAAUUGUUCGUGCGACAAUGAGAGCAAUGAACCGCCCGGUGUUGCGACUCUGUGCAAUCUUGGCAAUACUUGUUUUCUUAACAGCGUUUUAUACACAUUGAGGUUUGCUCCAUCAUUUUUGCAUAAUCUUCAUCACCUCAUUACUGAAUUGCAAGAAAUUACUGGUCGUUCCACUUACGGCCUUCUUAAAGGAAAAUGUUCGUCGUUAGGCCGUAGCACGAGUUCGGUAAGCAGCAAAAUGUGGAAUUGCCAAUCGUUUAAUGUCAGCAUGAAUGACCUUAAAAUCAUUCAAGUCACCGAACGACUCCAUCAAGUAUUUGAAGCGUUACACAAUUCCGAACUCAAAGACAAUUCAGACCCAUAUCAACCUGAAGUGUUUUUACAAUCACUGAGAGACGUCAAUCCUAUAUUUGAGGGCAAUCAACAACACGACGCUCAUGAACUUCUCGUAUGUCUGUUGGAUAAUAUUAGAGAGGGAUGCAAGUUGGUAAUGCAGAAUUCUGCCCAAACCAGUUGUUUUGUUUCUCCCGCACCUGUUGUUCAGCCUACACCGACAAAAUUAAAAUUACUUUCUGGCGUACGAAAGUCAUUAAAAAUUGCGUCUAGCAGUAAAACCAGGCCCGUCAAUGGAAUACUACCAACAACUACUACUAAUUCAACAAAUGAAAAAUUACCAGAAAACGAAAAUUUUGCUGAUGAUAAACAAAUGUAUGUAGUAAAUGGUAUGACAAAUACUUCACAAAUAGACGAACAUGACAGUAUUCCUAGUAAUGGUAGCAAUAGUAGCAGUACGUCAAUGUUUGAUGAUUUCCAAGGAGUGUCUUUAUUACGAACCACCUGUUUAGAGUGUGAAUUUGUGACCGAACGUAAAGAAAGCUUUUGCGAUAUUUGUGUUCCAAUUAAUGGUUUAUCUAACGGAGACAUUUCCCCUGAACAUGAUUAUGACUCUUUCGAUUAUGAAAAUGUAAAUAAAUUAUACCAUUCUGCAAUAGUGACCGAAGAGUAUUUACAAGAUACUGAUAAGUAUUGGUGUGAACAAUGUUGUCGAUAUAACGAGGCCAAACGUAGUGUUGGAUAUGAGAGUUUACCGCGCUUAUUGACAUUGCACUUGAAACGGUUUUGUACCAAUUAUAGAGCCGUGGUGUCUAAAGUCAAUGAACACAUGCCGACGCCGCUGACUCUCGAUUGUUUCUGCGAAGAGUGUCUAGCCCUUAAUUCGCAGCAAUCUAAUCGGGCACAUAGCUAUCAGCUGUAUGCAAUUAUCAUGCACUUAGGGGCGACGAUAGCAUCUGGUCAUUAUGUUGCGUACGUUAAAGCUCAAGACAAUCUAGAGGAGUAUGACAAUUGUCCACGAGACCGACGAAAAGCCGGAAGCCUUUCGACAACACCUAAUGGCACUUUACCUGCAAACUAUAAAAAGUCUUCAAUAUCAAGCGGUCUUUUCAGAUUUUUGAAAAUAUCCUCAAAAACAUCAUCGACCUCGGGAAGUACUAGUAGCGUUUCAAGCGAUUCAAUCGACUCAGGUAGAGCGUCUUCUUUGGGGCGAUGGUGCAGGAGUUUAGACUGUUGUGGUGUAAGAAUAUUGGACAGUUCAGAAGGUAGCGAUAGUGUGUGGUUAGAAUGUGAUGACGAAACAGUUAGGACUAUGUCGGUUGCACAGUUGACGCAAAUUCUAGAAUCAAAGUCGUCCAAGAACUCGGCUUUAACCCCGUACCUUUUGUUUUACGUAAAAGUUAAUCAUGGCGAGUAAACAAUGAUAACUUAUGGCGAAUACCUAUUUUUUAUUAUACAAAAUUUUCAUUGUAAUAAACUGUACGAUUUUGUGAUAAGCUAAAAAAUUUAAAUGGGGCUACACACAUCAGUAUCAUUUUACCAAAGACUUAUUUUUAAACAAAUGUGUUCUCUUACAAGUGUACUAUAAUUUAAAAACAAUAAUAGUAAUUGUGUUUAAAACCACUUCAAUUUUUUCGGACCUUUAGUUUUAACAAUAUUUGUAAU